CGAGGGCGCUGCGGGGCGGGGCUAUAUAAACGCGGCUCAUUCCAUCCUAUUCCGUUGUUGUAGUUGUAUUGUUAGAGCGGAAGCCGCGCCCGGACACGUGAUAUCUUAGCACCGGACACUCAACCGCCGCCAUGGGGGACAAGAUGGACAUGUCCCUUGACGAUAUCAUCAAGAUGAACCGCACUCAGAGGCCCGCCGGCCGAGGCAGAGGGGGCCGAGGUGCUCGCGGUGGCGUAUCCCGUGGAGCUGCCAGUGGGCGCAUUGGAGGUGGAGGAGGAGCAGCAGGCGGCGGUGGCGGCCGGGGAGCUGGAUGGCCGGCCCGUACAAGGACAAUUCUUAGCCGAGGCGGAAGGAACCGGCCCACGCCGUACAGCAGGCCGAAGCAGCUCCCGGAUAAGUGGCAGCAUGACCUGUUUGACAGCGGCUUCGGGCCCGGGGCGGGCGUGGAGACCGGAGGAAAGCUGCUGGUGUCUAACCUGGACUUUGGGGUGUCGGAUGCCGAUAUCCAGGAGCUUUUUGCUGAAUUUGGUACCCUUAAAAAGGCAGCAGUACACUAUGACAGAUCUGCAAGAAGUUUAGGUACAGCUGAUGUGCACUUUGAAAGGAAAGCUGAUGCAUUAAAAGCAAUGAAGCAGUAUAAUGGAGUACCACUUGAUGGUCGCCCUAUGAACAUUCAGUUGGUCACAUCGCAGAUAGAAGCACAGAGGAGACCUGUGCAGAGUUUAACCAGAGGUGGCAUGACACGGCCGCGUGGUCAGGCAGGCUUUGGUGCUGGUGGAGGAAACAGACGAGGGGCUAGGGGUGGAAAUCGGGGAAGAGGUCGGGGAGCUCCAAGAAAUACAAAGCAACAGUUAUCGGCAGAAGAGCUAGAUGCCCAGCUUGAUGCCUACAAUGCUAGGAUGGAUACUAGCUAAUUCCCACUCGUGUUCCUGUGCUGUUUUGGUUCCGAAAGUCCUUUCUACACUUUUAUUUCGAAUAGGUUUUAAACUCAUGUAAAGUUGCAGAAUUUUGUUUUACGCCUUUUUUAUUUUAUUUGUUUAUCCCCAAUUUAUUUUCUGAGGAAUUUUACUGCGUGUCAUGGGCAGGGUGAUCUUUAACUUCUAAUAAAAAAAAAAAAAGUUUGUUAUA